AUGGCAUCUUCUUUGUCUUUUGAACAACUCAAAGUUACGAUCAACUCUUCUCCUGAGAGUGCUUUGAUCCACAAAGAUGUUGAGCACCAGUUUAAAUUGCUGCGGGAGCAUAUUUCAAGUCUUGAUAUUAAGACGGUAACGCAAGUUGGCUAUUGCAAACAAGUUGCCCCUGAUCCUCGAGGGCCACCUAAAGAAGAAGAUGAAGUGGAGGAAGUCCAUGUGCCGCUUCCUGAUUUUGCCAUUAAAUGUUCUUGCCAGUUGGUUGCUCCAGAUCCAAGAGGUCCUCCUUACAAAAAUUUUGAAGUUUUUGAUUUGCCAAAGCCUGAAUUUGGCUCAUUUGUUUCUAAGAAGAAAGGUUUAAAUUAUUGA